AUGGAGUUCAUAAACUUUGACGCCGUGCCAGCAAAUGACGCUGAUGAUCACACUGACCAACCCCUGCAGAUCCCUUCAAGAAUUGGCAGUAUGGAGUUUAUGUCCUUUGACGAUGUGCCAUCAAAAGACGCCGAUGAUCACACUGGUCAGUCUACCAUUUCCUUGCCUGAUACCCCGAUGUUGAAUUCUCCCUUGGCUUUUAUUCCAGACAAUACGAGCAAACCACAGGAUUCUUUUAUAGACCAGAGUGGCGUAGACGGAUUUCUGGUGCCGAUUCCCUCAGAGUCAAAAGCCUUCCGACCAAAGGAUGUAAGCUUACCUUGCAAAUUAGUUGAUACUUUGGAGAAGCAGGUUAACCAUCUUCAGUCGCAGCUUGAUAGUGCCCUCAGAGACUUGAAAGUGCUCAAAGCCGAAUGUCAAUAUUUGUCAGUCGAAACAUCCGACUUGAAUAGCACCUUACACUUGAACCAGAUCCGCAUCAGUGGACAUGAACGAGUCCUCCGCAAUCUCUUAGGCACGGAGUAUAUGGAAGAAGCCUAUAACGCUCCUCGCGAACUGCACAAGGCGCCAGAUUCUGUUUGA